AUGCCUCUUCUUUAUCUAUCUAUCUAUCUAUCUAUCUAUCUAUCUAUCUCUGUUCAUUACCUAUCUAUCUAUCUAUCUAUGAAAACAAUUGGGAGUCAUUUGAUGUGUGGAGGGUGGCCCCGUCUUGCUGGAAUCACUGUUCAUCUCCAUCUACCCCUCUUCGUCGUUCCAGUGAUGCUCAAAGCUUCCUCGGCACUGCCACAUAGCGCUCCGUAUUCACUGUUUCGUCUGCGAACCAAUAGGCCACGUUUAGAAAUUGCAACCCAUGUGGUGCACUUUGUUGCGUUGACAAAUUUUAUAUUUAUAUUAAACCUAUCUAUCUAUCUAUCUAUCUAUCUUGGACAGUUCAUAUCUAUCUAUCUAUCUAUCUAUCUUGGACAGUUCAUAUCUAUCUGCCUAUCUAUCUAUCUUGGACUGUUCAUAUCUAUCUAUCUAUCUAUCUAUCGAUCUAUCUAUCUAUCUUGGACUGUUAAUAUCUAUCUAUCUAUCUAUCGAUCUAUCUAUCUAUCUUGGACUGUUAAUAUCUAUCUAUCUAUCUAUCGAUCUAUCUAUCUAUCUUGGACUGUUAAUAUCUAUCUAUCUAUCUAUCGAUCUAUCUAUCUAUCUUGGACUGUUAAUAUCUAUCUAUCUAUCGAUCUAUCUAUCUAUCUUGGACUGUUAAUAUCUAUCUAUCUAUCGAUCUAUCUAUCUAUCUUGGACUAUCUAUCUAUCUAUCUAUCUUGGACUGUUAAUAUCUAUCUAUCUAUGUAUCGAUCUAUCUAUCUAUCUUGGAUAGCUAGCUUGCACAAUUCAUAUCUAUCUAUCUUGGAUUUAUCUAAAUUUCUGUCACUUGUUAACAUAAGAUCGGCUAUUGCCUGGCUUUCAUACAGAGUGCUUCUUCCCCAGGCUACACCUACCUUUUGA